AUGGCGACGCAAUCGCUGCUCAUGUCCCACCAGCAAAACCAGCAGAUGCAGCAUCAGCAACAGCAACAACAUCAGCAGCAUCAUCCCCAAACUCCUGGAAUGACCGGAAGCCCCAAGUCGCGCAUGUCGCAGACGCCACUUCAACGGCCACCGUCAGGACUCGGCCCGCCUCAAGCUCCGCCUCAAGGCCCUCCCGUCGGCACCCCCAACAUGCACGCUGGCCCUCCCGGAGGACCCAAUGUCAACCCUAAUGCCGCGCCUGGUCCCAUUCCUGCCACCACUCCCCUUGUUGUGCGACAAGACCAGAAUGGUGUGCAAUGGAUCGCGUUUGAGUACUCUCGCGACAGGGUCAAGAUGGAGUACACCAUCCGCUGCGAUGUCGAGUCUAUCAAUGUUGACGAGCUGCCGCAAGACUUCAAGACCGAGAACUGUGUAUACCCUCGCGCUUGCUGCGCCAAGGAUCAAUACAAGGGCAACCGUCUUCACUACGAGACUGAAUGCAACACCGUCGGGUGGGCUCUAGCGCAGUUGAACCCUUGCCUGCGCGGAAAGCGUGGUCUCAUCCAGCGUGCCGUCGACAGCUGGAGGAACAGUAACCAAGACCCCCGACUAAGGAGCCGACGUGUGCGCAGAAUGGCCAAGAUGACCACAAGGAAAGCCCAAUCGGCUAACCAUGGUAACCACAUGGCUGGACCAGGUGGACCAGGUGCUCCUGGCGUUCCCAACUCUGCCGGAUUAGCAGCACCGCCCCGACAACCGAACAUGGGCAUGGGCGGCCCUCAGAUGCACCAUCACCAUGAUGGACCUGGAGGGCCCCACGGAGGACCAGAUGACGUUAGCGCCAAUGAAUACGGUGAAUCACACACUCACCAUCACCAAGCGCCAAACGGUCAAUCAUCAUCACCUACCGACGGGCGGCCCGCUCAGAGCUUCUACCCGAAUUACCCAUCGAGCGACUCCGUCGCAGGGUCCAGCGGCAUGCCGCCGAUCCACGACAGCCUGAGCCACCCUCCGCCUCCAUCGCACGCAGCGGGUGUGCCCGUUUCAAAGCAGCAAGAGCAAGACGAAGAAGAGCGAAAGCUAGCCAUGUUUGGCGACUUACCUGACUCGAAGCGCCGCAAAUUCAUCCUUGUAGAUGAUGCGCAACGAGGAACUAGGGUUCGCGUGCGAGUUACUCUCGACACGGUCAAGAUGGAGGAGAUGCCUGAUUCUUACCGCAAGUCCAACUCGGUAUUCCCCCGUAGCUAUUUCGCCAUGCAAAUGACCUCUCCACCUGCCAGCCCUCGUGGCAGCAAGGUCUUUGCUGACGAGCCCGAUGUUGAGAGCGACCCGAGCUUCCCUCUGGCUGGCUCUACUGUUGUGCCUGUUCCAACGCUGGAUGGCGAGACUCGUGUGCCGAAGCCGCGUCUUACUCGUGCGAAGCGGUCGAAGGAGAUUACGCUGAACGAUCUUGGUUACCGCAUGAGCUGGAGCCAGAGUCGUGUUUUCGCAGGAAGGACAUUGUUUCUGCAAAAGUCUCUUGAUGCCUACCGCAACAAGAUGAGAAGUAGCAUGAUGGGCCAAGGUCAAGAUGUGACCCAAGUAGCCCCACAUUUCGAGACUCGUGUUGGAAAGAGACGGUGGAACGAGAGAAUCGAGAAGAGCAAGAAGGCGAGGCGCGAUGGCUCUCCUUAA